AAUACCAGAUGAUUGUAGCAAUUAUUUUGCAAUAUCAUCAACAAAGUUUUUGGAGUGUUUGCACAAUUUAAAAAAAUGGCUACAAUUGAUCAAGAAAUCCUGGAUUUUGAUUGGGAAAAUUGUAUCGAAAUAAUCAAAUCUCAUGGAAAAGGAAAAAAUUUUGCCGUAAUGUUAUUGAAUCAUUGUUUUGAUACAAUAUUAUCGAAAUUUGCAUCAAUGGAACAAUUUUUCGAAACUGAAAAGUUUCAAAAUUUUCAACAAAUCUGGAACAAUUGUUUUGUUCGUAUGACAGUGGAUGGCGGUACUAAUAGCUUAUAUAAUAUGCAGCAAUCUAAUGGUAACCUAUUCGAUCCAACAUUUAUAACCGGUGAUUUUGAUUCUAUUCAAUCGAAAGUAAUGGAUCACUUUAAACAAUGUGAUGGAAAAAUAAAAAUUUUACAUACACCCGAUCAAAAUCAUACUGAUUUUGAAAAAGCAUUGUUUAUUUUGGAUGAACAGGUUUUGAAUUCAGUAAAUAUUGCUGCUACAAAUACUGCAUUGGAUUGUAUUUUAGUAUUUUUUUCAAAUUCUGGUCGAAUCGAUCAAUAUCUAUCGAUUUUAUCUACUGUUCAUAAUUUUACUAAUAACAGAGAAAAAUUUCCGCCCAUAAUUUUAGUCGAUAUGGUUGAUUCGAUUAGUUUCGUACUCAAAAAGGGUUCACAUCGAAUAUCAAAAAUUUCCAAUUCAAAAUGGUGUUCAUUGAUACCAUUAUGCGGGCCAGUUAAAAUUAAAACAAUUGGUUUACAUUGGAAUUUGGAUAAAAAUUCUAUGCUUGAAUUUGGAAAAUUUAUCAGUUCAUCAAAUGAAUUUGAUCAAAAUAACAAUACAGUUAUGGUUGAUGUUGAUGAAAAGCCUGUUCUAUUCUCUACAGAAUUUCAUCUGUAAUAAAACAACAAC